GUCCUUACCCAUGCCACAAUUCACAGCCUUGGCUGUCAAUCACAGGCUGGUGAUUACUCGCUGGCGCCUGGUGAUUGCCGAGCAUCUCCAAUGGGGGGAAGAACUGUUUGUAAACAAAACAGUUCUCUCCCCUGUCAGCUCCUUCACACUGCUUUGCAUGGCUGCAGUGUGCUUACAGUGAAGCACAAACACAGCCCAGUAUGUAAAAUGGCACACCGCUAACCCUUUGAUCGCCCCUCACGUUAACCCCUUUCUGCCCAGUGCCAUUAGUACAGUGUCAGUGCUUUUUAUUAGCAUUGAUCACUGUAUUGGUGUCACUGGGGAUGUCAGUGACACCAAGUAAGUUCCCUACAGUGUUAGAAUGCCCGCCGCAGUCCCGCUAUAAGCCAC